AUGAGGCAGCCCCCCAUGCCUGUGCUGCUGCUGCUGCCAUCACUGCUGCUGAGUUCUGGGACUGAGGGGGCCAAGGCUCUGAUAGCCUGCGGGCAUCCAAGAAUGCUCAACCGGAUGGUGGGUGGUGACGAUGCCUUGGAAGGCGAGUGGCCCUGGCAGGUCAGCAUCCAGCACGACGGGGUCCACUUCUGCGGGGGCAGUCUCAUCGCACCGAAAUGGGUCCUCACUGCAGCACACUGCUUCUCCAAUACCUCUGACUUAACCAUAUACCGAGUCUUGCUGGGGGCACUACAGCUGCUGCAACCAGGACCACAUGCUGUGUAUAUCCCUGUGAAGCGUGUGGAAAGCAACCCCUUGUACAAAGGCAUGGCCUCCAGCGCCGAUGUGGCCCUAGUGGAGCUGCAGGCACCUGUGACCUUCACCAGCCACAUCCUCCCUGUGUGUCUGCCCGAUCCCUCACUCAUCUUUAAGCCAGGCAUGAACUGCUGGGUCACUGGCUGGGGCAGCCCUAGUGAGCAAGACCGCCUACCCAACCCACGGAUCCUGCAGAAACUCGCUGUGCCCAUCAUAGACACACCUAAAUGCAACCUGUUGUACAGCAAAGAUGCUGAGUCUGGCUUCCAACUCAAAACCAUCAAGGAUGACAUGCUCUGUGCAGGCUUUGUAGAGGGCAAGAAGGAUGCCUGUAAGGGGGACUCUGGAGGCCCCCUGGUGUGCCUGGUGAACCAGUCAUGGGUGCAGGCUGGGGUGAUUAGCUGGGGAGAGGGCUGUGCCCGCCGGAACAGGCCAGGUGUCUACAUCCGGGUCACUUCCCACCACUACUGGAUCCACCAAAUCAUCCCAGAACUGCAGUUCCAGAGGAAGGCCAGCAGCCAGCAGCAGCAAGACCCCAGAAGACAGCAGCACCUUUGGGGGAACUCUGCCCCCUGCCUAGCAGCCCAUGCAGUCAUGCUGGUCCUCGUGGCCCUGCUCACCAUUCUCUAA